AGAGUGAGGGAGCGUCGCGAAAGUAGACGGUUUAGGGACCCUUCUCUUUGGCUCUCCAAAGGGGGAAAUUGGUGAAAUAUUUGCACUGAAAAUAAUACAAGUCCUAUUUCUCAUUUUCCAAGAACUCUCCCCCGCGGAAGGUUAGAAGUGUACGGGAUCCGUCCCUCCUUGACCUUUAAGUGGGUAGCAGGUAGAUGGUCUCUUAGUUCGCCUCAGGUCUCCGCCUGUCUUGUUGUCCCGCCCCCUCUGCCGGAGCCCGCACCGCCGAUUGGCUAGGAGCACUUGAGCGGCGGAAGCAGCUGGCUCGCGCGGGGCCUGCGGGGAGGGGGAGAGUUGUGAAGAUGGCGGCGGUGGUGGAGGUGGAGGUUGGAGCAGGUGCUGCCGGGGAACGGGAGUUGGAUGAGGUUGAUAUGGCAGACCUCUCUCCAGAGGAGCAAUGGAGGGUCGAGCACGCACGCAUGCAUGCCAAACACCGCGGCCACGAAGCCAUGCACGCUGAAAUGGUCCUCAUCCUCAUCGCUACCUUGGUGGUGGCCCAGCUGCUCCUGGUACAGUGGAAACAGAGGCACCCCCGCUCCUACAAUAUGGUGACCCUCUUUCAGAUGUGGGUUGUUCCCCUCUAUUUCACAGUGAAGCUGCACUGGUGGAGGUUCCUAGUGAUCUGGAUCUUGUUCUCUGCCGUCACAGCCUUUGUCACCUUCCGAGCCACCCGAAAACCACUAGUACAGACAACCCCAAGGUUGGUUUAUAAGUGGUUCCUGCUGAUCUAUAAAAUCAGCUAUGCCACUGGCAUCAUUGGCUACAUGGCUGUCAUGUUUACCCUCUUUGGUCUUAACUUGUUAUUCAAGAUCAAACCAGAAGAUGCCAUGGACUUUGGCAUUUCUCUCCUCUUCUAUGGCCUCUACUAUGGUGUUCUUGAGCGGGACUUUGCAGAAAUGUGUGCAGACUACAUGGCAUCUACCAUAGGGUUCUACAGUGAGUCGGGCAUGCCCACCAAACACCUCUCGGACAGUGUGUGUGCCGUGUGUGGGCAGCAGAUCUUUGUGGAUGUCAGUGAAGAGGGCAUCAUCGAGAACACGUAUAGGCUGUCUUGCAAUCAUGUAUUCCACGAGUUCUGCAUCCGCGGCUGGUGCAUUGUGGGAAAGAAGCAGACGUGUCCCUACUGCAAAGAGAAGGUAGACCUCAAGAGGAUGUUCAGCAACCCCUGGGAGAGGCCUCAUGUCAUGUACGGGCAACUGCUGGACUGGCUUCGAUACUUGGUAGCCUGGCAGCCUGUCAUCAUUGGCCUGGUGCAAGGCAUCAACUAUAUCCUGGGCCUGGAAUAGUCAGGAAGAAGAGCAUCCACCCACCAUGGACCUCAGGGCGCUCUCCUCCCUGCCCUCCAAGACCUCCUGGGUGGGAAAGACUCAAAGGGGCACUCGGGCCACUCAGGACCCCUCCAGCUGUGUCCGGACUGGGGAGGGAUAUGAUGGAGAGCCAGCAAGUGGGGCUGUCAGCAGUGGGGGGCUUUUUAAAAGAAAACUAUUUUGAUGAAUAUAUUUAAAAACCUUUUUUAUUGUGGAGCAUAGGAAUUGCCCCAAUUCCUCCAGGCCUCAGCCUCCCUGCUUGAGCAGGGCAGGAGCAGAGCCACAACAUUUUUGGUGUAAAGGAGCCAUCUCUUCUCUGGCUGAGA